AUGGAAAAGAUGGCUUCGAAGAAGUACAACAAAAUCGCCGAUCGAGAGGCAAAAUGGAUGAGAAACCGCGAUAAAUUCAAGGAUCUUUGCAAGCGUAUGCUGGGCAUCAAGGCAGCUGAAGUAGAUUACUACUCUUUCCUUGAUCUGACGUUGCUUCACGAGAUGACUCAUUGUAUUAAGAGUAAAAAGGUUGGAGGAGAAUAUGAGGAACAGCGUACCUGGGACGAAGGACCUAACAACGGAUACGAAUGGGUAAAUAUCUUUGAAUUAUCCACAACUACCGGCUACCAGAACGCUGAUUCUUACGGCUACUUCGCACUCGGUGCCUGGAUGUUGAAAAACAAACAGACAAGAAUUGAUAACAAAGGAUGUCUGGUAGAAAUUGACAAAUAUCACUACGGUGAUAAGGCAGUGACUGUUGAUGGAAAUUGGGCUGCGCCCGCCGAGAAGAGAAAUUUGCCCGGCUAUGCAAGCUAUGAGUAUUUUCAUAAAGCAAGGCACAGUUUCAACCCUCUCGAUAUGCGCGCCAUUACCACUAGCACCACUACCAAGGCGCAAAGCUCAAUUUCUUCCUCAAAAUCAGCCACGACUAGUAGUAGCUCUACGAAUUCGAGCUCCGUUUCUUCGACCCAGAGCGCCAAGAGCAGUACAUCAUCAGGCUCUGUAUCGAUUUCGGGUGCAUCAAAAAGCUCAUCGGCACUAUCGAGCUCCGAUUCCAAAAAAAGCAGUACGACUGUUUCGAACUCUGGAAGCCAGAGUGGAAAGUCUUCCAGCGUUUCCACGAGCUCUGUGGCAGGCUCUAGUAAGCCGGCGAGCUCAUCUACUGUCUCCAAAUCGGAGUCCAAAUCCACAAUCAGCUCUACAAAUAAUCCAAGCUCUGGAAGCCAGAGUGGAAAGUCUUCCAGCGUUUCCACAAGCUCUGUAGCAGGUUCGAGUAAAUCGGUAAGCUCAUCUGCAGUGUCGGAAUCUGAGUCCAAAUCAACAUCACUAUCCUCCAAGACAUCGACCUCCGAGACAAGAAGCGGAAGUUCUCAAAGUUCAAAGGCAAGCACUUCGGGGAGCUCUUCGGGUAUUGCUACAAACUCGGUAUCAGGUUCUACUAAGCCGUCGAGCUCUUCUGCGCCGUCAGCCUCCCAAUCAAACCCAACUACUUCUGCUGCCCCCAGUUCUGCCGUCUCAAGCAGUGUGAAACAGACAGGGAGCACUCAGAGUUCAAGUGUUAACAGUGCAGCAAGCUCUUCCGGCGUCUCCGCUAGCUCAUCAAAGCCAGCAUCAGGAUCCAUCACUUCUAGUAGCAGUACCAGUUCGACUCAAUUCCUUCCUGCAACAUUCUUCUCUGCUACACCUACAGUUACUCCGGAAGAAAAGGAUCUUCUAUGCUCAGCGUCGAAAUCCUGUGAUAAGCCUACCCCCACAUGGCUAGAAAAGAUUGAAUCCGCACCAUCGACGUUCUUCAUCGACAAGAUUACGGACCUCAGUGCGGUCCCUACCCAGAAGGUGAAGAAGGAGGAGGACGAUGACGAUGAUACAGCCGUCAUUUUCGCCAAACUCGAGCUCCCAAAAGACGUAUGCAAUCCGCUACCAAAGCCUAAAUCAGGAGGUUUUUUAGGUAUCGUGGCCAAUAUCGCGAAUUCGCUCGUUGAUACAGUAGUGGAUGCCACAUGCCAUAUGGAGUUUCCUAUCAUAAGUGGCAACUUACCUGAAUGGGUGGACAUGACCAAGUUCCCUGGCUUAAAAGGUUAUACAGUGCCGAGUAGCAAGCCAACCGAACCUACAGAAUCGAACAAGGAAACGAGCAAAACUUCGAGCAAAACAUCUAGCGAGAAAGAGUCAAGCAAAACAUCGAGCAAGACAUCAAGUCAGACAUCUAGCAAGGCUUCGAGCUCUUCUAGCUCCUGCUCAGCAUCUCAGGUCACCCAAUGCAAGGGGACAGCAAUCGUCUCGGGCAGUAGCACCAGUAGCUUUGUAACGGACUGCUCAACCAUUACAUCUUGCUCAGGUACAGGAAGUACUUCCAUGACAAGUACCACCGAAACGCCAAAAGGCACCGACUACCCGCAUCCCGAGCCUGAAGCUGAUUGGAUUGAACACCAAGAGUGUUUCCAGAGCUUGAUGGAGAACGCCGACAGCGAUGUGAAUGACAGUGCCCUUGGUUCAUGCCUGGGUACCUCCAUCGCACCUGUGACUAGUAGUGCCAACCCAUCCUCAGGCAGCUCCUCUGCAAGUUCAAGCAAACCCCAGUCGACAAGUGCAAAAACAACGGAAGCAAGUAGCAAAACGGCGAGCAGCACCCGCGCAUCAUCCUCAGGCAGUGCGUCCGCCACCUCAACCAAAGCUGAAUCGACAAGUUCAAAGAGUUCUGGGGCAACUAGCAAAUCACCGAGCAGCGCCGUGUCGUCAGCCACCUCGAGCACAUUCUCGGUUUCCGCAAACGCGACCUUGACUGUCAGAAGUUCAGCAAAGCCAACAAACAUUCAAAAUUGUGGCUCUGAUGCAGACUGCGGGACUGCAUGCUGCGGAUUCAACACUGGAAUGUGUACUACACCCCUUGACGCAGCUAAGAGCGAUGGUGGUUGUGGCUUCGGCAACCCGGAGCCCAACAACGGCAGUCACGGAAACUUGAAAGAUCUUUGUACUGCUGAUGCAGCCUGUAAAUCUGGCUGCUGUGGGUUCGAAUCUGGACAGUGUCUUGAACCAGAUGACGCUGUCAAAAAUGAUGGAGGGUGCGGGUUUGGUGAAGCUCAACCUAACGAUGGACCUAUUGUUUAG